AUAAACUCCGCGCGGAAGAUGGCCCAAGGCAGUGGACAGGAGGAGCAGACGUUUAAUGAAUUUUAUACAGAGGUGAAAGAGAUAGAAAAGCGCGACUCAGUGCUGACGUCCAAACAGCAGAUCGAUCGGUUACUACGCCCGGGAGCGACCUAUUUUAAUCUGAACCCGUUCGAGGUGCUACAGCUCGACUGCGACACGCCGCUGGAGCAGAUCAAGAAAAAGUAUCGCAGUCUCUCGAUACUGGUGCACCCGGACAAAAAUCCGGACAGCAAGGAGCGCGCUCAGCAGGCAUUCGAAAUCAUCAGCAAAGCGUACAAGACACUCGAGAAUGAACCGACCCGCAAGAAGUGUCUGGAAGUGUACGAGGAGGCGAAGGAUCGCACGGACAUGAUGAUCGCUGAAAAGAAGAAAAAGCUCAAAAAAGAAGGUAAACACGACGGCGUGCCAGAGGACGACCCGUCGAAGUACAAACAUGCCAUCUACGUGAUGGUGAUGAAGCUGUUCGCGGACAUAGAACGCCGACGGCAGCAGCUGGAGGUGCGCGAUAUGGAGGAACGCAAGCGUAAACGUGAAGCGGAAAUCGAGGAGGAGGAACAGCGCGAUCUGCAAAAGGAGUGGCAGAAGAACUUCGAAGAAUCGAGGCAGAGCCGCGUCAACAGCUGGCACACCUUUCAGGCCGGAUCGUCUUCUUCGUCUGCGUCGUCCUCGUCUGCGGCUGCGGCAGCGACAGUUAAGAGCAAAAAAUCGAAAAAAGCCAAGUACACCUCGUUUAACCCACCGAAAAUCAAACCGGAAACACGAUAGAGCACGGCGAGCAGUGUCCUUUGCACAUCCGCACCCGAAGCCAGCGUUAAUGGCGGUGGACUUUAGUUUUAGUGCAGCCUCCCGUACCAACUCAUCACCACACUUCUCCCACUAGAAUCCUUCCGAUGCCUGAGGAUCUCUUUUAAGCUAAAUGAGAGCGAACUGGCGAACGUUUUCGUCAGCCUUUCUGCAGUUAUGAUGUAAAUUGUUUUCUUCUUUUGUUCUAGAAGGUGUGUGUGAAACAAUUUUUUCAGUUUGAGCAUAGAUAUCGAGCAUAUUCCAUCAACGGUUUUGUAUUCCCAACCUUAUACAGGCACCCUGGUCCCGGAAGAGUAAUGCGAUGAAAUGCGCUUGAAGCAUCUAGCUUU